ACACACAGCUGAGAGAGGAAAAGGGAGCCAGUCAGAGAAAGAAACGACCUCAGACGAGCAGCCUGUCCUAGAACAAGCAGAGCAAAGCAGGCUCUUUGUUUUUUUUCACACUGGCUUUGACAACAAAAACGUGACAUUUUAAACAUUUUCCUCUCCGAUGCCAACGCGACAUUUUGAAGAAAUUGAAUCAUACGAGAACAAUAUGGAUCAGUGUGGAUCCUGUGUGAAGAGAAGAAGGCAUGACAUGGAACAGUCUGUCUCUGGCGUAACCAGCAGCUGUUCCUCUGGACUGGAGUACACAGAUCUGGAGGCAGCUGAGGCCCUGGUGUGUAUGAGCUCUUGGGGCCAGGCUCUGUUCCUCAGCAGCAACAAGCCGAGGCCCCUCACCCCAGCUUCAGACACCUGCGAUUCUAUCCUCCCGCUGGAGCUUCCGGAGCCCCCCAAGGACUUUGUGUCCCUCUCCUCUUUGUGCAUGACCCCACCUCACAGCCCGAGCUUUGUCGAGACCCCAUCAAACACUACGGUCCAGUUGAGCUCCAUCCCGGUUGCAACCACACAGCACUGUGGCUCUAGGCUCAGUCAGGGUCUGGUGGCACCCGUUCCUGUAAAGACCCCCUCCCACGCCUGUCCACCACAGCCCUGCAGAGCCAUGGCAACCAGCGUCAUCCGCCACACCGCAGACAGAACUGUAUGCCAAAGACACAUUCCAGUGGCCCCCAGUCCAGAGAAAACUACAGACAGAGUAACAGAUAUAGUAGUCUGUCAGCAGCAAAACCAAGACGGCAUUAAAAACAUUGAGCAGAUGACCACCCCCCCAACUCCUCCUGCUGUAUCCUCAGAAACAGAGCAACCUGGCAGUCCUUCAGAACCUUGCUCGGACGGUGUCUCUACCCCCACUCAUGUCAUCACUCAGCCACAAAACAGCCAACCCACUCCCAGUGUCCCCACAAACCUGUCCCCUCCUCCUCCUCCUCUCGCCAGCCCUCAAAUCAUUUGCCAGAUGUUCCCUGUCAGCAGCCAAUCGGGUAUAAUCUCAGCCUUCAUACCCAGUGCAGUUCAGGCUUCCAGUGCUGGAAUUCAGACUGCCACCACCCCUAUCCUCCCCCAGCCAGCCUCCACCAACGCCUCCCCUGUACAGCAGCCCCUGAUCGUUAGCUCAGCCGUGCCUCAGGGCACGGUGAUGCUAGUCCUCCCUCAGACUGCGGUCCCUCAGGCCCCUCACUGCCCUCAGACUGUCAUGACUCUGGGCAACACCAAGCUGCUACCUCUGGCCCCAGCGCCCAUGUACAUGCCGGCCGGGCCCAACUGCAACACGACAGCCACAAAAAUUGACUUUUCUCGCAGGAGAAACUAUGUCUGCAACUUCCUAGGCUGCAGGAAAACUUACUUCAAGAGCUCUCACCUCAAGGCUCAUCUCCGAACGCACACAGGUGAGAAGCCGUUCAGCUGCAGCUGGGAUGGGUGUGAUAAGAGGUUCGCCCGCUCUGACGAGCUUUCCCGCCACCGCAGGACGCACACCGGAGAGAAAAAGUUUGUCUGCCCAGUGUGCGAGCGGCGGUUUAUGCGCAGCGAUCAUCUCACCAAACACGCCCGGCGCCAUAUGACCACCAAGAAGAUUCCCUCCUGGCAGGCUGAUGUUCGCAAUCUGAGCAAAAUGGCUGCAGGCAAAACUCCUUCCUCUAAACCUGGCAUUGCCACCCUAAGCAUGCUGGUACCUGCUGGCUCAAAGUAGGACAUGAAUAACUGCCAUCUUACCCACUCCCAAGGCACCAGAGGGAUGAAAGGAGCAGCCAAGCACACUCAGCUGCUCCUCUUUUUACUCAUGGGAAUGAAAGACAAACAUGCACUGGACUCUUCUUGCUCUACUGCUCAUUUGUACAUGUAUGUUCUUCAACAAAAGAAAAAAAAAUCUUAAUUUACUCUGAUAUUAUUUAUAAGAUGUAUGCACUCUUUGCCAAAGCCUUUGUAUUACGUUUGUCUUAGACAUGUGACUUUCUCCACCUCUCCUACAACACAUUUUUCUUUUAUGUUGAUACUGAUGUCUAUGUGAAUGUAUUGUUUGUUGUAGUGUAAAAUGCAUCUAUUUGUCAUUUUGGGGAAAAGUUGAUAAAAAAAAUAACAAAAAACAAUGUAAAUAUGAGCAUUAUUAUCUGUACUAUGAUUAUACCUUGAUUUUAUCUUCCUGUGUAACUUUUCAUAUUAUUUAAUAUCAUAUUUGUAAUAAUAAA